AAAGGCAUCCCUAUCAAAGUUUCUGUCUUUUGUUUUUUCUCAUAUUUUAUUUAGGGUUUGAAAAUUAGAUUCGAUCGUAUCGCUUCCUCUCUCGAUCUUAACCCCCAUUCGCCAUUAUCAUUAUUAUUAUUUUAAUUUUUUUCUUUAAAUUUUAUUAUUCAUUUUUCGUUCUCGUUAGGGUUCGGUUACUUGUCUCCAAGUUGCCACCCAUUAGGAUUUAUUGGAUUUUCCCCCCAGCUCCGUUGCUUUCCGUUUCACGGUAAGCCUCGGUUUUUCAAUCUUUUUCUUAGGGUUUCUAGUUGUACAAUUUUGUGUAGGUACUGCUCAGAAUAGUUGCUAAUUGGUGAUGGUAUCUUUUUUAGAAAUUGAAUGAACUGAACGGGCUUACUUGGAAGAGAUUUUUGGAAAUUAUUUGCAAAAUUGGGGAAGGGAUAAUGUUUGUCCCGGGUAUGGAUUCUGCGAGAGAAGCUGCCGGUGGAGUUGCAGGCACAGUAUUAAUGCGGUUUGUGUGGCCUCAUGGGGGUCGAAGUGUAUUUCUGAGUGGUUCCUUUGAUAGAUGGACCAGGCUUGUGCCUAUGUCGCCGAUGGAAGGUUGCCCUACAGUGUUUCAGGCCAUUUGCAGUAUAACACCCGGUUUUCACCAGUACAAAUUUUUGGUUGACGGAGAAUGGAAGCAUGAUGAACACCAACCUUGCUCAACAACUGAUUAUGGGGUAGUGAAUACUGUAUUGUUACCUGGGGAAGCCAAUUACAAUCCAAUUGUAGGUCCAGAGAUGGCACUGGGAUCUGGUAUGGAAUUGGACAAUGAGACCUUUAGACGUGUGGUCCAUGUAUCAGAUGGUACAGCAACUGACGUUGUCCCAAGGAUAUCAGAGGCUGACUUACAGGUCUCUCGUCACCGCAUUUCUGUAUUUUUGUCAACUCAUACUGCAUAUGAGUUGCUUCCCAAGUCAGGCAAGGUUCUUGCUUUGGAUGUUGAUUUACCAGUAAAGCAAGCAUUUCAUAUUUUGCAUGAGCAGGGAAUUCCUAUGGCUCCUCUUUGGGACUUCAGCAAGGGUCAGUUUGUUGGAAUGCUCAGUGCAUUGGAUUUCAUAUUAAUUUUGAGAGAGCUUGGAAAUCAUGGAUCAAAUUUGACAGAGGAAGAGCUUGAUACGCACACCAUAUCUGCUUGGAAAGAGGGAAAAGCAUAUCUGAAUAGACAAAUGGAUGGGCAUGGGAGGGCAUUUUCUAGAUGCCUCAUCCAUGCUGGGCCAUAUGAUAACUUGAAAGAGGUUGCUUUGAGAAUAUUGCAAAAUGAGGUAGCUACAAUACCUAUUAUCCAUUCAUCUUCAGAAGAUGGUUCAUUUCCCCAGCUACUGCAUCUUGCUUCACUUUCUGGAAUACUGAAAUGUAUUUGCAGAUAUUUUAGACAUUGUUCUGGCACCUUACCUAUACUUCAACUACCUAUUUGUACAAUUCCAGUGGGUACAUGGGUUCCAAAAAUUGGAGAAUCUAAUAGACGCCCUUUGGCAAUGUUGAGACCAAGUGCUUCACUUGGUUCAGCUUUAAACUUGUUGAUUCAAGCUCAAGUAAGUUCAAUACCAAUAGUGGAUGACAAUGACUCGUUAGUAGAUAUAUAUUGUCGGAGUGAUAUUACUGCUUUGGCGAAGGAUCGAGUUUAUACACAUAUCAAUAUUAAUGAAAUGACUAUUCAUCAGGCUUUGCAAUUGGGACAAGAUUCCUAUACUCCAUAUGAAAGACUAAAUCAAAGAUGUCAGAUGUGUUUGCGUUCUGAUACAUUGAAUAAAGUGAUGGAGCGUUUGGCAAACCCAGGUGUUAGACGGCUAAUCAUUGUGGAAGCAGGCAGUAAACGUGUAGAAGGCAUUGUUACAUUGAGUGACAUCUUCAAAUUCUUGCUUGGAUAAAUUCAAAAUGACCGACCACAGAAGUUAUUAACUUGAAAGAGAUUGGUACAGUGUUUUUAUGACACUCGUGGCAUAUUUAAUUGCUGCAACACCUGCCUUGUGCCAAGGAGACUCCAGUAGUUUCCACGGUCAGUUUGGUCUCAUUUCUUUGAAAUCAACCAUUGGAUUGACCUCUUGCUUGCUUGGUUGCCUAUUUUUAGAAUUUUCAGGCUAAAAGAGGGGCGUGCAAUUUGAGAGCUGAUUCUAUCCUGAUUAUCUAAUUUGUUAAUUCUCUUCUGUCCUUCUUAUUUAGUACAAAGAACACUUUGAGGCAUUGAUGUAAAUUACUAAAUUUGAAUCAUGUGGGGAGCAGCAUGGAAGUGUUGUAACAGUUGUAUGCUGCUGCUAAAUGGAGAAGGGAUAGCGAGGAGGAAAACAUUCUAUGCUUCAUUAGGCUGUGAUUGGUACUUGCAAAAUUUAAUGGGGUUGUAACCCUUUUUUUCUAUUUAAAUUUACUCAUGUUUACGGACUGGAGUUUUAUACUACUACUACUUUUUCAUCA